UUCCUUCAUCAUUGGUUCUUCCGUUGCAAUCAAAGACUGGAUUAGCUUUGAUUUUGUCUUCGUUUUCUGUAGAAUCGUACCGUACCUGGUACUGUACUGUAAUACAUAACGACGCAUUUUUAUUACUGCUUGAUUUGUUGAGCUUACCGUACGGGCAUCGUGAAACAAACAAAAAGGCAGAUCGAUUGAAAGCACACAAAACGUAUCGUUCCAAUAUUCUUCGUCGAACUACUUUGUUGCGUUGGCGUCGGGCCUGGACGAGAUAGCGACUCAGCCAGCCGAAAGGAAGAAGGGGGGAAACCAAUCUACCGCAUCGCUUCGCGCCACAUACAUUUGCAGUACAGAAGCCAACUGAAACGAUACCGAGCCAAGCCGAACCGGUCAUCGCUGCCUAUUCUGUUUCCGUGCAUCAUUGGCGCCGCAUCCCAGGAUGGAAUCGUACCCGGGCGAGCUCCUGGUGGGGGUCUUCCCGCUCGUCUUUUGCGUCGAUGCCACUCUCCCGAGCAAGGACGACGGUGUGUCCAGCGGCCGCAGCCAGUUCGACAAGUUCCUGGACACCAUCGCCGCCUCCUCGUCUAUGGUCGACGACGACGACGAAACCAUCCACGACGGUGGUCCCAUGAUGCAGCGCGUCGCGCAGGAGCAGUCCGACAACGAGGACGAGUUUUUGCUGAAAAGCAACGGAAGCGGCGGCGUGGACGAAUUCCGCCUCGCUCGGCGCCGCAGCACGGGAACGGAGGCCUCUCUUCCCGGUGGCCAGCAGCCGCCCACCACCCCGCCGAAAAGCCCCCGGCCGGACCGCAACGGCCGGCAGUCCCCGCUGCUAAAGACCCUGAACCGGAUGGGGAGCAAGCGGAACAUGAGGAGGAACAACCGGAACAGCGGGGACUUUGCCAGGGGCGGAGAUCCCGCUUCGCCCCACCAAGUCGAGAUUGAUUUUCCUCCCUCCUUCUGCGAAGCUCUACAGCAGGGACAAUCGUUUUUUCAGCGGGCCCGGAUCGUUUCGACGUCGCCACGGCACGGCUUUCCUCCCUCGAAGGACCCCAGCGGGCAGUCGAAUCGGGUCGUUGCCCUGACUGGAUUGAUGCCCGGGCAGCUACCACCCCACCAGCGACAGUCGCAAUCCCAGCUGCAGCAGAAGCGGCAAGAGACGCUGUCCCGGUUCAAAUCCGCGGCGGAGAAACGACCCAUAGAUGGAAUAUUGCCCAGUGGGUGGCUCGAGAAACACGCCGCGGCCCUGCCGAGUGUUAUUGUUGUCGUUGCGCAAAUCCAUCCCCCCCACCAAGAAACGCAACAACGCCAGGACGACUUAUUGGUGGAAGCUCUGGAAAACCUCCAGCACUCCCUGGCCCCAAAACGCAAGGUCGACGUGAAGGUGGUGGCCCUGGUCCGGGAAGGAGUAUCUCCAAUUCUUGCCGAGCAAUGGUCGCAGGGCAUCCUCGGUAGGUUGCCCUCCUUCCUCCGCGGGGACAACGCGGACAAUGCCGAACACGAAAGCCUCGUCACCCUCGUUGAAGAGAAAGAGCUUAGAUCCGACGACCAAGGCGACAAUACAAAUCCCGUUGACGUGCCAGAGGAUAGUUCUUCCUCCGCCCUACCGCUGCUGCACUACAGCAUCCGUAAAUCGAGUAUUCGGUACUACAAGGACCGUUCGCGGGAGGUCAAGGGGAAGCUCCUCCGGUUAGGUGGGCCCCAAGCGGCAAUGACCCUUUCCCCCGCAUUGUUCCCGUUGGUGAUUCGCUAUUGUUUCAAGGCGGCGGUAUUUUACGAAUUCCAGUGGAAGCAGGAAAAAUCACUCAAAUACAUGCUCGAGGCCUACCGGUUGGUCGAAACGUAUUAUCGCUAUCUAUUGACGGUUCAGCACGACAAAGAAAUCGAUGCACACAAUGGCAACGACGACGACCAAGACACCGACGCCGGAAACAAACACCCAGAUGCCAAUCCUGGGCCCCCUCCCUUGCCAGACAUAUCCACAACAUUAAGUUCUGCCUCGAGCGAGCAAGUCUUUGAUUGCGGAGAGGGAGUCGAGAUGUCGCUGCCGAGCACACCACCCGCCGUUGCGUCCGCGCCGUCCUUCAGCGAAGAAUAUUACGCACUGGCACGCACGACCGUCGUUGCAGAAGACAUGGUCCACCAAUGCCGGGCCCUGGCCGAUUGGCUCAACUUCAAAAUAUUGCAGCUGUGCCUCGUGUCCCACGAACGAACCGGGAUGCUUGCGGCGUCGGUCCAGUGGCAGCGCCACUCCCGCGCGUUUUGCUGCCCCCGCCGGUCCUUUCUCCACACCGAGGGUGCCCCGUGGCUGGACUGGUCGUACGCGUCGCAGCAGCUGCUGGUGGUGAGCCAGCUGCUGGAGCGACACCCGCCCCGGGCGCUGGGGCGCCUGGGAGCUCCGGGAUCCGAAGAGUUUGACGAAGACCUGUUGCGGUGUUGUUCCUGGCGGACCUACGAGGGAGCUGCGGAGGCCCUGCUCAAGACCGGGCACCGAAUCAAGAAUUCGGGGGAAAUGGGCGAACCGCCAAGCAAGGAAAGCCCAGAAACGACCUCCCGCAUUCGAUAUGUUGGCGGUCUCGACCACGAAGGGUUUCGUCCCUUGUUUCAGGAAGAAUCCAAGAAGAAUCACAUGGAACUAGCCUUGAAUUGCGCAUUGCGAGGAAUUGCGUUGUUCGAAAACGAAGUGAACCAAUUGAAACGGGACAAAACCCUGAUCCCCUGGACCCGAUCCGGGGCGCGCCUUCGUUAUCUUGCCGGAGGGGCCCUGUUGGCCCUUGGCCGGCACUCCGAGGCCAUUCCCCACCUCGAAAAGGCAAUCGGUCUGUGCAAGGGAUGGGACUACCUCGAAUCGCUCGUUCGACGGCUGCUCAUCGAGUGCUUCCAGAACCUAGGCGAUUUACAUACGCUAUCCGCAGGCGGUGACGCCUCCAGCCGCCAGGCAAGGACCUCUUUCCUAUUGGAUUGCUACUUUCGAGCACACUUGCCAGCCGAUGAGCUAAGCAGUGCCCUGGAGAGGCUCGCGGAAACGAAUGUCUUGGAUACUGUUGAAUCCGGGGUGAAAAAGUGCAUCCGUUGGAACCUCGGCACCGGAAAUGAUGAAAUGGGCAGCAGUUCAGGUCUUCCGUUUUUCUUUGACCUUUCAUUUCCCGCUUGCACACACGCAACCGCUGGACAGAAAGUAAAGGCACACGUCUGGAUCAAAUCCAACCUGAACUAUGCACUAUGCAUAAAUAGCUUAUCGAUGCUAACUCUUCUGGGUCCGCUAUCCAUUCCUUCCAAGGAUAUUCCUGUCGGGGAAACGGGAAUGGUAGUUGUCCAACCCUACGAAGCGAUCGAGUUUGGUACAGAAGUCACCCUUCCGGGGGAUCUGGAUCCAACGGCCACCGACGGAACCAGUACUGUCGCCGGAGAUACCAAUGCCGCGGUUCCCAACUCCUCUCCUGUGAAAGCCGUUACGAAACCCAGACUCAAGACAAGCGGUUUCAGCGCGGGAGGCGGUACCAGGUUUGUUACCGAGAACGAUGUCGCCUCCGAAGCGUGCCUCGGAGGAAAAACCCUGCGUUGCGAUGGGAUUUCAAUGUUGCUCGCUCCCCUUGUACCAGCCACUGGUAGUAGUAACAGCAGCACAACCAACAUUGAGUUGACAAUAAAGUUGGAGGAGCCCGAACCCCCACCGAAUGUAAGACGGAGCACAUUUGACCACAACAACUACCUAUCUUCGGCUUGGAAGCGGCCUGCUUGCUUGAGCAUGAAUGAAGGACCAACGUGUUUGCGCGUAUUACCACCGUCUGCCAACAUGAUUGUCACGAAUGUGACGGACGAAUUAACGAAAGGAACGGCGUUGGAAGGCACUGUCAAUCGCAUCGUACUCAAAUUACAGGCUCCCGACGAUGAGGUUUGUACCAACAUCUUGGUUUCGUUGAACUGCUCAAGCGUUCUGAAGACGUCAGAGGGUGCGACGAAGCUGAUUGUGUUGAACGAAAGUGAUGUCGACAAUGAUGAUCAGAAGGAUCUAGAGGACAUGAUGAAUCCCAGGGUUCGCAAUCCGGUUCUGGUGAAAAAGAACAAUGCGUCGAAGACUUUUAUGACCGACUUUGGCUACAUUCUGCCAGAUGGAUGGUCUGCUAUCGGCGCUGGUGAUGGUCAUGGGAAUACUAGUGACUACAAGAUCGAGGUCUCUCCUCUGAACGCUGGAGAGAUAGGUUAUGCUUACUUCGAUAUAUAUAGACCAACACCCGAUCCCACCACGGUCUAUGGCGGAGUACCACGGGAUAUGAACCUUUACGAUGAUUACAAAUGCAAAACAAACAUUGAUGUAUCGAUCCGUUAUUCUCAGGAAGGAAAAGGUGUUAUCAAGGAGGCAUCGCGCGACCGCGUCGGAAAGGACUAUGUAUCCCUUGAUCACACUGUCAGCCUCGAGUGGAGUUCACCUCUGUCGGUUGAAUUUUCAACCACUGCACAAGAUGCGUAUCCCUCUGGAAACCGGCACAAUUCAAACAUUCUGCCCGAGAAUGGGUCGCCGAAGAAACAAGAUCUUGGUCUGCCUGUGAAAGAAACGAUCCUGAUUGACAACAACCGCAUUUUGACGAAUGGCAUCAUGCACUCGCCUGCCUCUACCGCUGGACUUUUUGUUGAAGUCGAGAAGGUUCAAUUCGUCGAGAACGAUAGGGAUAAAAACAAUUGUUCCUUUAAAUUGUUGAGCGACAAUGAUUCUAACGGAACGAUAUACAAAGGAGAAGCCGACCAUCCAAGCAUAAAGCAAGGUGUGGGUUCUAAGAUAUCUUUUGCAUGGAUAGCAGAAGCGUGCAUGGAAAAGCAAUACCGCGAGGAGAGCUUUACGCUUCCUCUUGGCACUAUAUUGGUGCAGUGGCAGCCAUUGCCAUUCGAACUUUCAAAAGAGGUCCAGUUUCUACAGAAGGAUUCUUUCACUGGAAGCCAUGGCCCUCUCAAGCUUCACCAACCUGGAACUUGCCGUUUCAAUGGACCGCUUUGUUAUAUCGAGAGCGCACCGUUUGAGGCGAAACCGGAGAAUUUACCAGACUCGAUUCAAGUAGCAGUCCCAUUCAAGGUGAUGUACAGUAUCAAAAACAACACGCCCCUUGACCAGGAGCUCGAGAUCACGCUCCAGGACUCCUCUGCACCAGGUGACGAUCAGAACGACGCAUUUUUAAUCAGUGGUCACGUAAACAAAAGAUCUUCCAUUGGUCCUUUUGAGUCCUUUUCGUUCUCAUAUACAGCCGUGCCAAGGAAGGUGGGAAAGGUGAACUUGCCGUCGAUAUCGAUAUCUAGCUUGCGCUACAGGUCUUGGGUAAUUCGUGAAUCGCUUCAGAGGCGGCUGAUAUAUGUUGAACCUUGAAAUAAGAAUAUUGAUACUGA